AUGCACUCAAAUGCUGACUAUCAUAAAUUGUCAACGUUAAGAGCGGAUGAGUUUGUUAUAAUAAUAAUAAAUAAAAAAUUUGAUGUAGCUACACAAGUAGAUUCUUUUAAAAAAGCUCAAGUCAUCGAAAAUCGCUUAAAAUUAAUUCCAACAAUAGAAACUAUUAUAUUUUGUGGUCGUCAAGAGUUAGCAGUGAGAGGUCACAACGAUAGUGGCCCUAUUUUUAAUUGCGAAAAAGAUAAUAAUGACUGUGACUUUAGAGCUUUGUUAAGAUAUCGAGCAUUAAGAAAUGAAACUUGUGAUAUAUCUUGCGUCGAACAAAUGUCUUUGUGUAUAAGUUAUAUUGAUAAUGGUUUUAUUAGAGAAGACUUUUUAGAAUUUGUUCCUAUUUAUGAUGCUAGUGGAAAAGGAAUGGCAUGUACAGUUAUAAGAGAAAUGGGAAAACUAGGACUUAAAAUUGAAAAUUUAAUUGGUCAAGGUUAUGAUGGGGCGAGUGCAAUGAGUGGCUUGUAUUGA